AAUUCUGCAUGCCGAACAGCUUUGGCGACGUGACAGCCCUACUCUGAUCGCAGCUUUCAAAAAGGCUCUGCGCAAGAAAGCGCAGUGCUUACGGAGGAUAUGAAUCCUAUAACUUAGAGGUCUAUCUAUCUUCGCGAGCUCCUUUACCUCGCCAACCCUCAAAUCGAGUCACGUACGAUGAUUAUUGAUAAAGUCGAACUUCCUGAUGAUCCUACUCCAGGGGAUGCACCUCCAUCAUAUGAUGAUCUCCUACCUGGACCUUCCUCUACUAACCCUCAGCGUUGGGCCAAUGAUACAAAGAACCAGGCGACUACCAGGCACUUUUCGGCAUAUCUCAAUGCACCUUUACCUCAGAAGCCCGUCCCUUCGCCGCCGGAAUCCCCAGAACGGGUCUCACCUCUAUACCCUCCAUUAUCGCCAUAUUUUCCUCCUGCUGAGAGUUCUUCCUCCGCCAAGAAGAAGGGCAAAGCACCUUCUUGGUUCCCAUUUGGUCAAGCUGCUCGUGCAGCGAAGGAAGUAAAGUUAACGGUCACCAAUGUAGUGCGGGAUUUAGCAAAUCUACAGGAAGGCGGUGCAUGGGUUUCUGUAUUGCAGAGCUGCAUCGAAGUCUGUAGAACCCAUAACCUCUCGAUAUCCAACAUUCUACAGGAAAAGUCAGUGGAAGGUCACACACCUAUCUAUUGGGCUAUAGUGAAACGGCCACCACCGUCCAAAAGGGACGCAACGAAUACGGCAGAAUUGGUCACCACGCUGCUGGCUAUGGCGGAGCCGCUGACGGAUGCCAGCGUAUCAGACAUUCAAUUAGCUUGUCUGGAUGCGUCAGACGCAGAAUUGUUUCAGCAGUUGCGACGAUCACCUACAUUCGCUCGUCUUUCUGGGGCGGAUCAAGUCCUGCUGGAUACAUCCGUCCCUCCAGACGAAGUCCAUGUCCGAGAUGUGGCUGGGGACGAGGGAGGUUUCGUCGUCUGGAUGCGUAUCAAGACGUUCCAGAAGCGGAUGCGCGUGCUAAAACAAGUCCACGUAGAGUUCUUGGCAAGAGGACGCAUUUGGCAACUUAGGUUUUUGAGCUUGGAGAGGAAGGAAUCGCAUGGCGGGAAGAGCUUCGAGAAAGGGAGAUGGGUGGUCACUCUAGCUCUUCUUGAACACAGUCCACCUACCUGGAUCGACUCUCAUCUGGUUAUAAACGACUCGACCGUUAUACCAAAUGCGCCAGUAGUACCCUAUUUUCCAUCAGCUUAUCAGGGUAAACCCACCAAACGAGUUCCAACAGUCCAACUUCGAUUGAAGACUGGGUCAGAUCAGCUAUUUGCGCCUUCUUCGAACCAUUCCUCUGAUAUUUGUGUGCCAUUGGACGAAACUCCCCUGGGAAAUAGCCUACAAUUCGAUGGGAGCUCAUUUAUUUGGAGCGACGGUUCCUUAAGGGCAAGACUUGAAGCGAAAUUAACCAAGUCUCAAUCGGACUGCAUCAUUUGCUAACCGAUCCGCGGGGCGUGAUGCAGGCGUUUGCAUGACCGGUUUCCUUACCGUCUCCAGACGUUCAGCGCAAGUCCUGAACGACAUCUCAGGCACAUCUUCCGACCGAAUGCUGACGUUUGAUGGCAUGGAAGUUCCGCGCAACCCAUUCUCUACCUCUUUUGCAUUCCUCUAUGUCAGUCACAUUGUUUCCGACUCUCCAUGAGCAUCAUUUCAACUGGCAUUGCUUUAGGCUUUUCAUUGGACUUGUUUUCUGUAUUUUCUACCCCAUCAUCUCGCUCUCCAUGUGUACAAUAACCUACUAUGCGCCCUUGGGUAAGAUCGGAGCUAUAUUUUGAAGAGCCGACGUUGUGAUCGACGUGUGGUAUCUUGUUUCUGUUCUAAUGUGACCAUUUUCCAGUUUGCUCAACGCCGCGCCGCUAUGAUUGCCCGUCGAUCUGUAUUCGACAAUGUAUUCAAUGCACUAAUGUUUUAGACGGCAUCUUCUUGCAAUGCAUCGUUAGACAGAAGUAAUAGCCUUUUCGUUGCACCUCAAACAUUUGAUCAUUUCCACUUUUAGUUUAGAUACAUCGCAUUGGAACCUUUGGUGUUAGGUGUGGUGGGAGAAGCUAGGUAAGUAUUUGGUUUAGACUGAGAAAUUGCGAAACCUCAUGGCGCUUACUACC